AUGUCGCGGCGCCCUACCGAAGUCGCGAACAAGGAGCGCAACGAAUAUAUCCCAUCAUUCAUAUCUAAAAAGCCUUUCUACGUCGACGACGACUCUUCUGCCAACGACUAUCUCGAACAUCAGCGUCUCCAUAAGGAGAAAGAGGAUCAAAAAUGGUAUGAUAGAGGGAAACGUGCGGGCCCAGCUGCCACCAAAUACCGGAAGGGUGCUUGCGAAAACUGCGGAGCGAUGACACACAAGACCAAGGAGUGUCUGAGCAGGCCGAGAAAGCAUGGCGCGAGAUGGACCGGCAAAGAUAUACAAGCAGAUGAGCAUAUACAGAAAGUGGACUUGGGAUGGGACGCCAAACGAGACCGAUGGAAUGGCUACGACGCAAAGGAGUACCAAAGUGUCGUUGAAGAAUAUGAAGAGCUGGAAGCCUUAAAGAGGAAAGCAAAAGAUGGCGCAUCUGCAGCACGAAAUUCCGCGGAUGAGGACGGCGAUGGCGAUGAUGACGGUGAUGGUGACGGCACAUCAGAGGCGAAAUAUGCUGAAGAAUCAGAAAUGGGUCGACAGCAGGGCAAAGGAACCCGAAAUCUACGAAUACGAGAAGAUACGGCGAAGUAUCUGCUUAAUUUGGACCUUGAUUCUGCAAAGUACGACCCAAAAACUCGAUCUAUGGUCGAUAUGGGUGCACAGUCGGAUCAAGCAGCCGCGCUAGUCGCAGAGGAGAACUUUAUGCGAGCUUCAGGUGACGCCCAAGAAUUUGAAAAGGCACAGAGAUACGCCUGGGAAACUCAAGAACGAGGAGAUGCCAACAGGCAACAUUUGCAAGCCAAUCCUACAUCCGGAGAAUACUAUAGAAAGAAACAGAAAGCCGAAUUGGACGCUAAGAAGGCAGCCGACAAGAAGGCAUUAUUGGAGAAAUAUGGUGGCGGAGAACAUCUGCAGGCAGGUCCUCUACGAGACAUGGCGGUCAUUGAAAAUGAAAGAUUUGUCGAAUACGAUGAAACUGGAGCAAUCAAAGGCGAACCCAAACCUGCUGCUAAAUCGAAAUACGCUGAGAAUGUGCUUAUCAACAACCACACUUCUGUUUGGGGGAGUUGGUGGUCUAAUUUCACCUGGGGCUAUGCCUGCUGCCAUUCAACUGUGAAGAACAGCUACUGCACUGGUAAAGAAGGAAUAGAAGCCUUCGAGCAAGCCCAGAAUAUGCUUCAGAUAGAAUCAGGAGACGAUAGCCGUGAACAAGGUCCUGCCGAUGAGGUAAAGGAGGACAGGAGCGCAGAGGAGAGCCGCAGCAAACCUGCUUCUAGUGCACAAAAGAAACGGAGCCGACAUGAGGUUGAAAUGGGCGUCACGGAAGAGGAGCUGGAGGCAUACAAGAAGGCUCGAACUGCUACCGCGGAUCCCAUGGCUGCAUUUCUUGGCAAAGACGAACUUGUCUCAUAG